GAAUUAUUGAUUUAGAAUUGAAGUUAUCGUGAGUUUGCUUUUUGGUGUUAUUCAGGGAGGGGAACUAUACAGAUAGCUAUCUGUUUUUCCAUUCAUAACAAAUAUUAGCAUAACAAAAGAAGAGAAGAGACUGCCCAUGACGUUUUCCUUCAAUGUGAUGUUUCCAACGGGGCAAAAGUUUCUCAUUUCGGUCUUAGGUCCAGAUAACACCGUUGGCGAUAUUAAAACCAAGAUGGAAGAGGCGGAUGGCAUACCUCGCUCGAUGAUCUGUCUGGUUCACGCGGGGCGUAAACUAGAGGAUGACAGCACGCUCGCAAGCUGCGGAAUACAGGCGGGGGUUACAAUUAACAUGGUCUUGGCUCUUCGCGCUGGUUAAGGAAUCUUAUUUGCAUCUAUCUCCCGUUGCAUUUAUUCUACAUGACCCCUUGCUAUCAGGGUUUCUAUUAUUCUUUUCCAAAUUCCGCGUAGGGUUGGGAAGGAACAGACAAAUUUGAGCUAACCGGUAUUAGCUUUUCUUUUUGUUGAUAUUUACACAAAUAAGCAGAAGUUUCAGGGAUUCCUUUGAAUUGCUCCGAACGGCAUAUUUUUUAUCGAGCAAGCUUUUUGAAUUGGAUCCUUUUCUGAUGUAUGACUUUGCUGGGGAAAUGCUCCCGCAGGCUUGCUUCUCCGUGAUAUACUACUGGUGUAUAAGGAAAAACUUUUAGGCUAAGAUGGUAGGUGCUAAACUACUACUACUCGGCUCAUUUUUCUUCGUGCCUCGUUGGAUAUGCAGACAAUGUAGAAGGUAAGAUAUAACUUAAGAAGAAUAUUUCAACAGAUAAUCGAAGCCUUCGUGGCAUGAGUGAUUUGUACAUUUUCAUAAGCUUUCUGAACUUUAUUACACGCGAGAGGACAAGGAAUAAAAUCGUUGAUAAGAAGAUGCUAUGCCACCCUGAUGGAAUCUAAAAACUAAA